AGUGAAGAACGAGCGGUGCGGUGACGCCAUUGUGAACGCAAGCAAACCCCAGCUGAGAACACUGACGCCAUCUCUGUCGUCACCCAAACCACUUCAUCAUCUUCUCAUCCACAACACUCUCUCUCAAGUUACGCGUAAACUUGUUCUCUCUCUCUCUCUCUAGCUUUCUCUCUCUAACUUUCUCUCUCCUCCUCCUAUGAAUGAAUGAAAACGAUAACCGAACCUUCGUUGGUGUCUGUCACAGUGUGUGUCCUUGACCAGCAUCACUGUUCCUUUUCCCAUUCUCAUUCUACUGUCCCCCUCCCAUUUCCUCGUUUUUGAUGCUUUGACUUGCAUCCUUACUUUCUCUCUCUAUCUCUUCUGUCAUUCUGAUUCUCUUUUCCUCUGGGCUUCAUCCAAGUUGGAUUUGGAUCGAUCUGGUGGUAAAGCUUCUAAGUUUAGUUUUCUGGGGUGUGAGUUUUCAAUGAAACUUGUAUAGUUUAAGGGCAAUUUUUUUUGUUUUUAAUGUUAUAGUGAUUUUGGUUAUUCAAUUUGGGAUUAGUUUCUGGUUUGGCUUCAUUAUUAUGAUGUUCUGGUGGCUCUGGAAAUUUAAACAGGAAGCUUCUUGACCCCAGUUUUGCAGACAUACCAAUACUUCUGUUAUAGAAUCUGUUUUUUUAGUUUUUGUCUUUGAUAUCAAUAGUGGGUCUUGUAAUUUACACAGCAUAUAUAGUUUUCUAUUUCUAGGCUGCUUUUUUUGAUUUUUAGGUCUUGGCUGGAAAAUUCAAGGUCUCAUUUAUCAUAUCCCACCAAUAUAUGUUGUAAUUACUAUUUUUGGGAUUCUAUCUGAGAGGGGGAGCUUUGAAGUGUGAAGCUUUUUGAGUUUCUGAUGUUAGUAGAUAUGGUAUAGGUUCAUAUAGGUUUUCAUUUUCAACUUGAUUAAUGGCUCUUUCGGCCGAACCCUCGUCGUCGUUGAGCUUCACGUCAUCUUCCCAUUUAUCAAAUGGCUCUGUUAGCCACAAUAUGGGAACUACUAAUGGCUCUGAUCCUGGACCUAACCUUGAUGUUAUCAGUUUGAGUAAGCUUAGCUCUAACUUGGAGCAGCUUUUGAUAGAUUCUGAUUCUGAUUAUAGCGAUGCUGAAAUUAUUGUGGAGGGGGUCGCGGUUAGGAUUCAUCGAUGUAUUCUGGCUUCUAGGAGUAAGUUUUUCCAUGAACUAUUCAAGAGAGACAAAGGGUCAUCAGAGAGCGGAGGGAAAUCGAAGUAUUGCAUGAGUGAUUUGUUGCCUUAUGGCAAGGUUGGAUAUGAAGCCUUCCUCAUAUUCCUGGGCUAUGUAUAUACUGGUAAACUUAAACCCUCUCCAAUGGAGGUGUCUACUUGUGUUGACAAUGUGUGUGCCCAUGAUGCUUGUGGGCCUGCAAUAAACUUUGCUCUGGAGUUGAUGUAUGCCUCUUCCAUUUUUCAAAUACCAGAAUUGGUAUCACUUUUCCAGCGACGUCUUCUUAACUUUGUAGGAAAGGCGCUUGUAGAAGAUGUCAUCCCAAUCCUCACACUUGCUUUCCAAUGUCAAUUGAGUCAACUUGUCAUUCAAUGUGUUGACAGGGUGGCACGAUCAGACCUAGACCAGAUCUCAAUCGAGAAAGAGCUUCCCCUUGAGCUCUCAGAAAAAGUUAAAUUGCUGCGCCGCAAUCCUCAGCAAGAUGCUGAAAAUACUGUAAAUGAUGCUUCUGAAGUGGAAGCUUUGUCUCUGAAGCGGAUCACUAGAAUUCACAAGGCAUUGGGGUCGGAUGAUGUAGAGCUUGUUAGACUUCUUUUGGACGAGUCAGACAUUACUUUAGAUGAAGCAAAUGCUCUCCAUUAUGCUGCAGCGUACUGUGACCCCAAGGUUGUUUCUGAGGUACUUGGUUUAGGUCUGGCUAAUGUUAAUCUUCGGAAUUCUCAGGGUUACACAGUGCUUCACAUUGCUGCCAAGCGCAGAGAACCUUCCAUUAUAGUAUCUCUUCUUACAAAAGGGGCUUGUGCAUCAGAUUUAACUUUUGAUGGUCAGAGUGCUGUUAGUAUUUGUAGGAGGUUGACUAGGCCAAAGGAUUACCAUGCAAAAACAGAACAGGGGAAAGAAACAAACAAAGAUCGGAUAUGCAUUGAUGUUCUUGAAAGAGAAAUGAGGCGGAAUCCAUUGGCUCGGGAUACUGCUAUCUCUUCACAAACAAUGGCUGAUGAUCUCCACAUGAAGCUAUUAUAUCUUGAGAACAGAGUGGCUUUUGCAAGACUAUUCUUCCCUUCAGAAGCCAAACUAGCAAUGGACAUCGCACAUGCUGAGACAACAUCCGAGUUUGCCGGUCUUUCAAGAUCAAAAGGUUCAAAUGGAAACUUAAGAGAGGUUGAUCUCAAUGAGACUCCCAUAAUGCAGAACAAAAGACUUCUUUCUAGGAUGGAAGCCCUUAUGAAAACAGUGGAGAUGGGGCGGCGGUACUUUCCUCAUUGCUCAGAAGUGCUAGAUAAGUUCAUGGAGGAUGAUUUGCCAGACUUAUUCUACCUUGAAAAGGGUACCCAAGAAGAGCAGAGAAUAAAGAGGAAGCGUUUCAUGGAGCUUAAAGAUGAUGUCAACAAGGCUUUCAACAAGGACAAGGCUGUGUUUAGCCGCUCUGGGAUUUCAUCUUCAUCUUCCUCAUCAUCCCUCAGAGAUUCUCUAUAUUACAAGGCCAGAAAAGUGUGAAAAAGCUUUAGUGUCUUUGUUUAUAGCUUAAGGUUAUAACUUCCAACUCAUCUGUAUAAUGGUGAAAGCAGAAAUAGUGAUCUCUUGCUAUGUUGUAAUCAAUAUGCUUUUUGAAAAUAAUCUCCAUCACCUCAUGUUAGUUGAUAAAUGUAUGUUAUAAAUUUUGAGAAAGAAAUAAAAUAUAUAAGAUCGACCAUUAGUUAAA